AUGAAGAUGGACUCAGAUACUGAUGGGAGCGGCGGCGCCCUUCCAAAUCCAAUUCUGUCCCUCAAACUCUACCGUCGCUGCUUUAAGGGACGCAAGCAACUCUUCUCACAAUCAGAUGAUGCUGCCGCGAACUACUUUAUCACAAACCCCGUUCCGCACAAACACAGCAACUGUUGGAGGCCAAUCUUCUACCGCGGAGAUAACCCGAAAUAUACACCGGACGCAACUGCCAUCGGGCGUGCCCGUCGCUCAGCCAUGUGGGGGACAUUCCGUAUAUGGCUUGGCGACGGGGUGCAGGAGGUUCUUGAUAACAAGAAACGUCGACAAGAGAGACGGAAGGCCGAACGGAAGAAUAAAUGGAGAAAGAUAUUUGGAAAGAAGAAGAGGCCGGUAGAUGUCGAAGAGGAGAAGGAGGUACAAGGAAUGGUUGUUAUGUUUCGGAUGCAGAGGACUGGAUUCCUUACUCGGAGUCUUGAGCUGGAAGUUCAGGGUGUGCGCUAUCGUUGGUCUGGAACGAGGAUGUUUGCCACGGGUUUCAUGAAGAGGUUCAAGGGGUGGUCGCAUAGUAUGAAGCUCAUUCGCAUGUCCGACCGCGCACUCAUUGCAACAUUCGAAAAAGAUCUGAUAGGGUCUCGGAGAUCGAUCAAGACCGGUGGUCCCCCGAACAAAUCGAAGACAACCCUAGGAAAUCUCCGGAUCUACGAUUGCCCCGAUAAUAUUACCAGCCAACCAAUGCACACCCAGCAGGAUCAACUGACUAGUCUGAUGGCGCAUGUUGAUGCAGCCACUACCAUGCCGUCUGACAUCAAGGACGAGAAGGACCUAAACCCUGGCGGAGUCCAUUCGGGGAAUCUCACUGAGGAGGCGGUUGUGUUCACAUGCUGGAUUGCCGUUGAAGCUGAGCACCGGCUCCGCUACAAGAUUCCUGAUCUCAUUGAAGAGAUUGGAGAGCAGAUCGAUGGUGGUUAA